AUGGUGCGUGCUGUGGAAGAAUGGAUUUGGGUGGCCGUACUGCUGGCUGUUGCGGUCCUGCGCUACAUAUCCCGUCUCCUGCAGACAGGUGCCCUGCGCAACCUUCAGCUCGAGGAUGGGGUUAUGGGCGUGACAGUGAUCUUCUAUAUCCUUCUUACCGUCUUCCUCGUCCAAGUCGACAAGUACGGCACGAAUGGGGUCGCACCAGAGGCACUUGCCUCCGUUGAUCCUGCAACCAUACCCGGCCGCAUUAAAGGUAGCAAGAUGGUCGUUGCGGUCGAGCAGUUCUGGAUGCUCGUCGUUUGGGGGUGUAAAGCAUGUCUGCUGUUACUAUACUCGACCAUGACGUCCGGCCUUUGGCAGAAUCGCAUCGUGAAAAUCAUUGGCGCAAUUUGUGCAGGCUCCUUCGUCCUCAUCGAGAUCCUCUUCUUCGCCGUCUGGUGCCGUCCCUUCCACGCAUACUGGUCCUACCCGCCGAAAUCGCAGCAAUGCUCCGUCUACACAAACCACGCGAUCAUCGCGCUCUCGUUCAACGUCUCGACGGACCUGAUGAUCAUGGCGAUCCCGCUGCCGCUGCUCAUCAAGGCGAAACUCUCACUCAGCAAGAAACUUACCCUCUGCGGGCUGUUCUCCCUCGGCGCCUUUGUCAUCCUCUGCUCGAUUCUCUCGAAAUAUUACUCCAUCUCGCAACCAUACGGCAUGAAAUGGCUGGACUGGUAUGUUCGCGAAGCAGCAACUGCGGUGAUUGUUGCGAACAUCCCACAGACCUGGACGCUGUUCAGACGGCUGUUCAACUUCAAGUCGUUCCUGCAGCACUCGUCGUAUAACCGCAGCCGGAGCAAGAGCGGGAAUAGAUACGCCAGUCGCUUCGACAGCUCCACGAUCCAUCUCUCACGCUUCCGUGGUGAUAAGUCGCAGAUUCGUUCAGCAAUUGACCGUACUGAAUCUGGCGAGCAUAUCAAUCGUGAACAACCUCUGGAAAUCUGGGCGCACCGCCAGUUCCAUGUUACGAAUGAGGUGGAUGAGGAGCGCCGGAGUAGUAGCAGUGGAAGCCUGAGUCAUAGUAGCGGUAGUGGGAAUCAGGACUUUGAUCCGACGGCUGCUCCCACGAAGGCGACGGUGACGAUCGGGGAAGACGAAGACGAAGAUGAAGAUGAAUGCACGGACGGCGAUGGGGACGAUGGAAACGACGAGGACUAUCAGGACGAAGACGACAAUGGAGAGAACGCGUGCGUUCCGGUUCUCAAGACAAGCUAUCGGCUUCUCAGGUCGAUGAAGCCUCUCAAAGUGGUCAUCAUCUCGCGCCGUGAGAAGCUGGAUGAAGAUAAGAUUGAGUGUGGGAAAGAGGAGACAUGUGAAGAUGGUGAAAGUGGGGAAAUCGAGGGUGAUGUUGAAUAUGAUGACGAAGGUGAAGCUGAGCCUGAAGACGAGGAGACAGACGAAGACAUACACUCGGCUCCAUGCUGCGCGCCCUGGCUCAACCGUCUCCUCCGAAAGGCGAAUCGCCUGCCUGAAACCGCAACAAGACUGAUUGCUUUGCGCGACUCCCAUCCGAACUCCGCGAAAGAGUAUCAUCGUCUCUUCACACGCACGACUUCCUCCCCCUCCGCCAUUUGUCCCGCGCAACGGCACCUGUCUUCCACAACAAUCACUUUUGGCAAUCUCGCUUCUGGCAGAAGAGCGAGCGCGGAUUCUUGCAGGCUGUGA